AUGGCAAAACUUCAAACUCUCGUCGCAGCAAUGAUCUUCAGCGGCGCUGCACUCGCAACACCACAAGGUGGCCCAAUCCAAGGGUUGACAUCGUGCUUCACAUACACCACAACUGUCCCAUACACUAAGCCCCAUUCAUGCCCACUGCAGACCAUCUGUCCUGUACACCCUCAUUGCCUAGUGCUUGAGGUCAACACGAUCACUGUCCCGGCCCCAAACAAAUUAUGCCCAACUACACCAACUGUGACAGCAACAGGACCAAUUACAUGUCCACCUUGUCAAAAGGGCUGCAUUACACGACUCGAGACCGUUACAACAACCUUGGCAGCAUAA